CUGAAGAAUAUUGCUAAUGGAAAACUAACAAAGCAGAGCAGCACUUUAGAGAAGCGCUAUUCUUCUUUAGCUGUCGACGGCAGAUUAAACGGUACAAUGGCAAGCGGUUAUUGUACCGCCACCAAAUUUGAAAACGAACCCUGGUGGCAAGUAGAUUUACAAAAACCGUAUUUUAUACACGGUGUAAUUAUUCACAAUCGUUUGGACUCGCCGACACUGAAAUCGAACAGUCCUCAUAUUUUAACCUGGCCUCAAGGACUUUAUGGUCUUCCAAUGACUGCUUCCGGUUGUCCUUCUUCCAUCGGUUUCUCGUGGGAAUCUGGCUUACGCUUCCAUGCCAUGAAGUACGAAAUUUUUAAAGAGCAUAGUUUUCCUCAUUGGUCGGAUGGAAUGUUAUUGAAAGGCAUGUACAAUAUUUGUAUUUUCUGA